AUGGAAGGGGCGCGCCUGGAGCGGGUCGUGGGCCUAGAGGUGUCUGUUGGGUGUGUUGUCAGCCUGGGCACUGGGCCAGAGACUGUCCACAGCAGCCACAAAUACAGCAGCAAAUGGGCCCGCCUCAAGCAGGAAGGGGUGGUCCAUACUAUCAGGCUCCAAACCCACACAUGGUCCCCGGACCAAGACCUCAAAUGCCGACCUGGGGGGCCGGCUGGGGCAGCCAGGACUGGCAGCAGAGCUACUUAUUCAACCAUCCAAGAAGUUCCUGAGAACAUUAAACUAUCUGGGGACGAGGUCAGCGUGGUCGGCUUCUCUGGGGUUCCAAUGACAUUGCCAGUGACUGUUCCGUUAAAGACUGAAAUUGGAAAGCAAGCAGUGGCUCAUCCAUAUGUUAUUUCAGCGCAGGUGCCUGUGAACUUGAUGGGGCGAGACCUGCUCAUCAAACUGGGAGCUGUGAUCAUUUGUGGGCCCGAUGGUUUAACAAUGACUUUGAAGGAUGGCACACAGCUUCCUUGUGUGGCCACAAGUACGAGAGGACAGUGGCUGCUGUCUGAGGACAUUGAUCGUACAGCAGAAAUUUACUGGGCCCGGCUGACGACCUCUGACGGCAUCCUGGCACACUUCCAGCUCUGGCGGCCCCGGAUCAUGGCCCUGGAUGUGUAUGCACCACCUAUUGACCCAUACCACGUGACACUUUUUUACGAUCGCGAAAAUACUGAGUGGUACGAAGACCUGUUCCAUGAAUUCCUGGAAGGGAAACCAUGGCAGGUCUCUACCAGGGGUAUUUAUGUUGGACCGCAGGGGUACCGACAUUCACCACAGGCAGAGGAAGGCAUUGCAGAGACUAUUGAAUGGCUGUUAAAGGUGGGGGUGUUGGAGCCUUCCAUGUCUCAAUGGAACACGCCCAUUUUGCCAGUGGAAAAGCAUGGCACAGGUAAAUACCGUAUGGCUCAUGAUUUGCAGGCUAUUAAUGCAAUUUUGAAAACUAAAACUGUGCCAGUUCCUAAUCCAUUUACUGCAUUGACUAAUCUCUCCCCAUAGCAGCGUUGGUUUACAUGCAUUGACCUGGCAAAUGCCUUCUUUUGUUUACCUUUGCACCACUCUCUGCGUGAUGUGUUUUCUUUUUCUUACAGGGGUCAACAGUUAAGGUAUACUCGGUUGCCACAGGGAUUUGCUCUGUCACCGGGGAUUUUUAACCAAGUGUUGAAGCAGAUGUUGGAACCGUGUGUGAUGCCGGCUGGCUGCACUCUGGUUCAAUAUGUGGACAACCUCCUGAUUGCCGCUCCCACGGCAGAUGCUUGCUUUCAGGCCACCAUGACUGUGCUCAGGAGACUGGCGGAGGCGGGUUUUAAAGUGAGUAAAGACAAAUUACAGUUGGUGAGACCACAGGUGACUUUUUUAGGGAGAGAGGUGAAACAGCAUAUGGUGGGGUUGCUGGCUGCUCAUAGAAGUGCCAUUCUCUCCCACUCGCGACCGGAGACUGUGAAAGAGAUGCUUUCUUUUUUAGGUCUCACAGGCUACAGCCGGCAGUACAUUCCAGACUAUGUGGGCCGUACUAAGCCUUUGCGUGAUUUGGUGAAGCAGCAUGGCAUGAGGGACCUGACUGCUAAGUUGAACUGGACUACUGAAGCUGAACAAUGCUUCAUUUCUUUGAAACAGGACCUUUCUCGUGCAGUAGAUUUAGCUGUGCCAGAUUACAACAGGGACUUUUUCUUAGAUGUUUGUUAAACAAAAGGGGUGGUGAAUGGUGUUUUGUUUCAGAAAAAAGGGGGAGGCCGGCAGGUUUUAAUGUAUAUUAGUGUAUGUUUAGACAACAUGGAGAAAAGGCACCCUACAUGCACUCAGCAUGUAGCUGGAGUGGCAAAGGCCAUCCAGAAAGUAGCACAUAUAGUCAGAGGACACCCACUGAGAGUUUUAACAACACACAGUGUGGUGGCUUAUGUUAACUCACAGGCCUUCACUAUGACCCCACUUAGACAACAGAGGCUUAGCAAAGUGCUGGAGGCUCCAAAUUUGACUUUCACACAUGAAGGGAUAAACAUGGCAGACCAAAUGGGGUCAGGGGAACCGCAUGACUGCGCCCAGGCGGUCUGGGGAGAAGAGAAAACAAGACCAGAUCUCAAGGCGGAAGCCAUGGAAGGAGCAGAGGAUCUCUUCACAGAUGGCUGCUGCUUUAGGGAUGAGAAGGAGGGGCUCAAGGCAGGCUAUGCAGUGGUAAGUAAGAGAGGGGAGCAGCUGGAGGUGAUCAAAGCAGUAAAGCUGGAAGGGCAGCAGUCAGCGCAGAGAGCAGAGGUGGUUGCACUGAUUGAAGCUCUGAAAUAUGCUCAAGGAAAAAGGAUAAACAUUUACACUGAUUCAGCCUAUGCCUUUGGAGCUGCACAUGUGGAGCUGAGUCAGUGGAAGAGAGCGGGAUUCCUCACUACCAAUCAACAACCAAUCAAACAUGAGAAGGAGAUGAAGGCCCUGGAAGAAGCCCUGGAAGGACCCCUGGAGGUAGCAAUCAUAAAGUGCAAGGGACACGAUGAUUCAGCCACUUGGGUUGCUCGGGGUAAUCGAGCAGCGGAUGAAGCAGCCAAAAAGGUGGUUGGCUACACGGGGAUCAGACAAAUGGUAAGUGUGGGAAUGGAUUGGGAAGAAAAUCCAGGGCUGGAACGCGAAGAGAUCAUAAAAGAACAAGAGAAGGCCUCUCCAGAAGAAAAGUCACUCUGGAAGGAGAGAGGAGCCAUAAAGGUAAGCAACAUUUGGAGGGGGCCAGAUGGAAGACCAGUGCUGAGUGCAGAUUUGGCAGAGAAAAAGAUCAGAGAGGCUCAUGGCCUUGGGCAUGUGGGUGUCGCCCAGAUGGAGAGGAAUCUCUGUCAUUGGUGGCACCCAUUCCUGAAGGACAUGUUGAGGGAACAUGUGCGAACCUGCCUUAUCUGUGGCCAACACAAUCCUAAACCUACAGUGAAACCAGAGAUGGAUAUGAGCAUGAGGUUUUGUUUUUUAAUCAGGCUUGUCAGUUAUUAUCUUUUUCUUCCUUUUUCAGGCAACGUCCAGAUCAGUCCCUCGAAUCCAACUACCAACACCAUCCAAGGUCCAAAUAAUGUUCUGUAUGGAGGCGCUUUGUACUACAACUGUUACAACAAGGAUGCUGUUUGUUGUUUCAACCUCACUUCCAAAAUUGUUACCACCUUAGAUCUACCCAAAGGAACCAGGUACAAUGCAAAGGGUAACUUCUGCAACCUUGAGGAAUGCUACCAAUGCACUGACCUGGACCUGGCAACAGAUGAGUCUGGCAUCUGGGUGGUCUACACCACCACCCAGGACUUUGGCAACUUGGUUCUGUCCAAGGUGGAAGAGGGUGAACCACCAAAGCUCGGACAAACCUGGCACACUUCAGUCUACAAGCAGGCAGUGACCAACACCUUCAUGGCCUGCGGCGUCCUCUACGCCACACGUUACGUCAACCAAGAGGUCGAGGAGAUCUUUUACUCCUUCAACCCCGUGACGGGACAGGAGAGGUUCAACGUUGGCAUCUUCAUGAAGAAGUUGGCUCCUAACAUUCAAGCCCUGAACUACAGCCCUGUGGACCAGAUGCUUCAUGCCUACUGUGACUCCUACAUGGUCUCUUACAAGGUGCAGUUUGAGUUACUGGAUAAUCAGUCCUGAAGCUAAAUACUGAUUCCAGUAAUAGUUACUAAAGAAUAAAAGCAAGCAUUGAAUUUCUGAAAAAUGACACAUACUAUACACAAUAUGCAUUAUCAAUUUAUAUACUAAACCAAUUUACUGUUGUCUCUUUCUUUUUUACUGUUUUCCUUCAAUCAAUUAAAAUCAUACACUUCU